AAUCUCCGGCAGAAUGGGGAACUAUGAUGAAGACACCGCGUUUCUGGGGCAGAAGGGGCCGUUCUUCGCGCUCCUCUUCUUCCUCCUGAAUGCCGUCUACAUCUCCACCGGGCUCCACGGCCUGUACAUCGUGUUCGUCGGGGCCUCGCCGUCGCACCACUGCCGGGUGGCGGAGGGGAACCUGAGUGAGGAGUGGAGGAGAGCGGUUAUUCCGGAGGAGAUGGUCAACGGGAAACUGCAGGCGAGUCAGUGUUGGAGAUACAGCCUGGAGACGCUCAGGAACCUGUCGGCACACGGAGUCUCCCCGCGGGACCUGAACCUCACCCAGAUCCCCCUGGAGAGAUGUGUGGACGGGUGGAGGUACAGCACUGAGAUCUUCAGCUCCACCAUCGUCUCGGAGUGGGAUUUGGUGUGUGACAGCGAGUGGAGAGUCCCAUUCGCAACCUCAACUUUAUACAUGGGCUACUUGCUGGGCUCUCUGGUUUCUGGCCAACUUUCUGACAGGUUCGGCAGGAAGAAGGUUCUCUUCACGUCUCUGGCGGCUGAAGCGCUGCUGAUGUUCGCUCAGUCCUUCUCUCACUCCUGGCUGCUCUUCUGCCUGCUGUACUUCUUUGUUGGCACUUUCCAGAUAUCCCUGUACCUCACAGCAUUUGUCCUUGGUAGUGAAGCCUUGAGUGAGUCCUUGCGAGUUCUGUUCACCACACUGGGAGCGUUUCUGCAUUACUGCAUCGGUUACAUGGUUCUGCCGUGGAUUGCGUUCGCGGUGCGUGACUGGAGGAUUCUGCUCAGGGUUCUGUCGGGGGUGACGGUGGUGUACGUCCCGCUGUGGUGGCUGAUCCCGGAGUCUCCGCGCUGGCUUCUCUCUCAGGGACGAGUGCUGGAGUCGGAGGCCAUCGUGAGGGAGGCGGCGAGGAAGAACAAGGUCUCUGCGCCAGACGUCAUCUUCAGCCAGGUUAAAGAGGCGGGAUCCCAGAGCAACCAGUUCAGCAUCCUAGACGUCCUGAGGACCAGCGAGAUCCGCAAGACAACCUUCAUGUGUUUACUGCUGUGGAUGGCCAUCAACAUUGGAUAUUUCGGCUUGUCGUUGAACACGGCUAACCUCAGCGGCGACCCGUUCCUCAACUGCUUCCUGUCCGCGGUGACGGAGGUGCCGGCGUAUAUCGUGUCCACGUUCCUCCUGAAGAGCUGUCCUCGCAGACCCGUGCUCUCCGCUUUCCUCAUUACAGGAGGGGGAUUCCUGCUCCUGCUGCAGAUGAUCCCCGACAAUCUUCCCUCUCUGGCUCUGGCUCUCGAGAUGGCUGGGAAGUUCGGCUUCACCAUGUCCUUCACGGUGGUGUACAUCUACACGGCGGAGCUCUACCCCACCGUCCUGAGGAACCUGGGCCUCGGCAUGUGCUCCUCCGCCGCUCGCAUCGGCAGCAUCACCGCGCCAUACGUCAUAUUCCUGGGCACGUUCAGCAAGUGUGUCCCCUACCUCCUGAUGGGAAGCCUGACCGUCGCCUCCUCCGUGACGAACCUGUUUCUGCCCGAGACCUUCCAGAGGGAGCUGCCCGAGACCCUGGAGCAGAUGCAGACGUGCAGGAGUUUCAUUAGGAGAGAUAAACCCAGCUUGGAGGACGGCAGAGGAGCGGUCAUCACGAACCAGCACAGAGGAACUCAGGAGUGAUCCU